AUGGACUACAGCUCCUCAAUACACGACCACGACCAGUCUGAGGCGGCCGUCUGGGGCGGUAAUGACCCGCAGCGGUCGCCCCAAACCCGGCCCCUCUUCGGCUCGGAGCCCCCGAGCUCACCCUUCCGCUACACGGCACCCAGCAACGGCCUGCACGACGAGGGAGGUUUCGGCGCCGGCGACUCGCGUGAUAGGACGUACGACGAUAGCAGGCGGCCUGAGACUGAGAGCACCUCUCUCCAUGCUGAAGAGCCCGGCCCCAUCGAGCCUCUGCCUGAGCCAGAACGUCAGGGGGAACAACAAGGGCCGACGAGCAAAGUCGCCCAGCCAGAGCCGCCACAGCCCCCUUCCCCUUCCGCUCCCGCACAGCAGACGACACCACAGCAAGCCCAGGCCCCUCCUCAGCCCCAGCCUACAUCCGAGCCUGCGCCGAUGCAGAGCCCCAAGCAGCAGCGGCAACCCCGGAAAGCCCCGCCGCCGCAGUUCAAGCUGCAAGCGAAGGUUACUGGUAUUGAGAGGACAGGUCGCAAGGACCCCAUUAUCCGGUUCGAUGUCUAUACCAACCUACCCGCUUUCCGCACAACCCAAUACCGGGAUGUUCGCCGGCUGCACUCCGAGUUCCAAAAGCUGGCCGAGCACCUAAUCUCGGCCAACCCAGAGGCUAUCGUCCCCGCCGUACCGCCUGCCGUGACCUCGGCCGGUGCUGGUACCGAAGAGGAUGAGCUGCGCGUCAAGGCCCUGAUGCAGCGCUGGUUCAACUACGUGUGCAGCAACGAGGUGCUGAUGCGUGAUGACGAGAUGGUGCUGUUCGUCGAGAGUGAUUUCGGUUACAGCCCCAUGGUCAAGAAGAAGCAGCCUGCGACUGGUGUGCGCCGCAAGAUCCUCAAGCAGUUUGCCCCGCCGCCGGAUGAUACCCCUGAGCUGCAGGAGGCUCGACCGAUCGUCAAGCUGUUCUAUCUCGGCUCGCUGGAUGCCAGCCAUAAGCUGGACAGGCUCGUCAAGUCGCGGAGAGGCCUGGGCCUCACUGAGUCCGACUUUGGCGUCAAGCUGGCACAAAUGAACGUCCAAGAGCCGCAUCCCGGCCUCGCCAACGCCUACCGCAAGCUAGGCAAAAUCAUCCAAACCGUCGGCGACUUCCACGCCGCACAAGCAACCGCCGAAGCCACCACGCUCGGUGAUCCUCUCCAAUAUCACUCCUCCGAUGCCUUUAUCGUCAAGGAAACCCUAACCAACCGUCAAAUCCUCAUCCGCGAGUUCCUCCAAGCCCAAGACACGACCCGUAGCCGCCUGAACGCCGCCGACCGCCUCAAAGCCUCGUCCAGCGUCCGCCGCGAAAAGGUCGACGAGGCCCUCGCCGCCCUGGACGAAGCCCGCCACGCGGAAGAAGCCCUCUACCAGAAGACCUCGCGCGUGACGCAGAACCUGGUCCAGGAGCGCCGCCGCUGGUUCGCCCGCACCUCGGCCGACCUGCGCGCUUCUAUCCGGGAGUAUGUGCUGCGCCAGAUUGAAGCUGAACGCCGGACGCUGGCCCUGCUCGAGUCUGUGCGCCCGGAUAUUAGGUCGAUUGAUGGCUCUGGUGGGCUGUCGCGUUUGGGGAGGGAAAACCACCCUGUUGCGCCGCGCCGCUCGAGUUUACAGGCUAGCCAAGGACCGAAGGGCGAUGCUUGGAGCGGUGUGCCUCGCAGGUCGGACGCUGUGCUGGGUCGGGCGUCGGUCGCGACCUUGGUGACGGCUGGAUUGGGACUGGGCGGGAUUCCGGAGGAGGAUGGGACUGGUGAUGGCGAGGAUGGCAGGAGAGCGAGGUCGCUCAGCGGGGUUGGGUAUGGUGUUGGCAUUGGAGGACCAUUGGCGGGUUUGGUGGCAGAGGAGGAUGAUGAGGAUCGUGUCGACGCGAGGAAUGCGGCGAGCCGACUGGCGCAGAGUACCUUCUAA